CCGUUUGUACUUAUCGUCGCGUUACGAUUAAGGCCAAUCAAGGUGCGGUGGCGCUGCAAGAACUGCUUCAGCCUGACCGUCUCAGCUGUGGCAUUCACGUUUCUUGUGACCGUGAUGGUGUGGAUCGCUGGUACCCACACAACCUCGUUCAGUUCCCUGGGUACAUCUACGUGGGAUCGUGCACACUUAUUGGGCAGGGAGGUAAGAUCACGCACUGCAGCCGCGGAGAGGAUACGGCGUGCAAGAAUGGCGUUCUUCAAGCGCGCUCUGCCAACAGACUCAAGCAAGUUUGCUUACACUAAUGGUACCAUGAUGAUGCAUAACCUCGCAGGCCUCCCAUUUGAGAAAUUCCUGGGAUUCCAGUGCACGGGGGAUGCGUCAUCCUGGCCUAAGGUGUGUGACCAAACAUGUAGUAGCGGCAGAGGGGAAAUCCCCUCGUUAGUUCAUAUGACACAGCUGGGAGAUAACAUGGAAUUUCAUCAUUGGCUGUCUGUAAUGUCCGCCAUACGGUUCAUGCGCCCUGUUGAGGUCCUUAUCCAUCACAUUGGACCGCAGACGACAUGCUGGGCGCGGCGUAUACGCGCGCACCCGCUUGUUCGCUUCGUUGCGGUCGCCGAGGGUGCGAUUCCUUCUCGCCUCAAUGGUGUCAAGGUCGAGGAGCCAGCGCACAAGUCCAACUUUCUGCGUCUGGCAGUUCUUUGGCAGUACGGAGGUGUCUACAUGGACCUGGGCACAAUUGCAACGAAGUCGUUCACCGGUCUCAUGUUCAACGAGGGCGUUCCGUGUCGGCAGGUGGACGGCAGAGUGGCCAAGUGCAUUCUGCUGUGGCGCGCGCGCUCCUGCUUGGUCUGUGAGUACGCCAAGCGCACUUGUCGCCUGUUCGACGGCCGCUGGGUAACACACUCGGUUGCGAGCCUCACCGAUGUGUUGCUCGGCUACGACGACGAUGAGGAGCAAUCGCUGAGCUAUCCAGACUUUGCAAUACGGGGGUACGGCAAAGGCUUUACUCCGCUUUCCUGGGAACAAGAGCAGCUGAAGAGUAUAUUCAGCUACGACGCAGUGGACUCUGACUUUGAUCCCAGCGAUGUGUAUGCGUCACAUCUGUCGUACACCCAGAGGCUCACGCUCGACUCUGUGAAGAGCGGAAAGACGCCAUCUGCGCUUGUAGCCCAACAGGUCCUGCCGGAGGGUUUCUCGGAGCGCCACUUUGACGAGACGAGGUGCCCUGACGUUCCCCUCGUCACUCCCUUGUGAAGAGCAACGUGGCAAGCCUCCAAAGUGUUGCAGAAGAAGGAUCCAAGAGCGGGAUUCGAACCCAGCACCCAUCCCUGUCUUCCGGGACAGUACCGCACCGAUGAAGCUACGAGGGAUCACACACACACACACACACACACACACACACACACACACAC